GCUGUAUAAAUAGUAAAAGAUCGAAUAUAGUUGUGUGAUGCAGAAGUGACGGCCUCGCCAUGAUUCGCGACCCCCCGGCCAUGCACAAGCCUGACAGUGCUCCCAGCCAACAGGAUGAGAAGUACACGCUCAGCAGCAGCGUGGCGAACACGGGCGGUGCGCGUCUGUGCGCUCAGUGCGGCAAGGUCAUCACGGAGCGGUUCCUCCUCAAAGCCAUGGAGCGGUUCUGGCACGAGGAUUGCCUGAAGUGCGGCUGCUGCGACUGCCGGCUUGGCGAAGUUGGCUCCAAACUUUACUACAAGGCGGAUCUCAUGCUCUGCAAAAGGGACUAUCUUAGGUUAUUUGGAGCCACAGGCAACUGUGUAGCGUGCAACAAAGUCAUUCCGGCCUUCGAAAUGGUUAUGCGAGCCAAGAGUUUCGUUUACCACUUAGAAUGUUUUGCCUGUCAGCAGUGCAAUCACAGGUUCUGCGUAGGUGAUAGAUUCUACCUGUGCGACAAUAAAAUCCUAUGCGAAUACGACUACGAGGAGAGGCUGGUGUUCGCCAGCAUGGCGGCCAACCCCAGCGGCCUCGCGCACAUCCGCCGCCAAGUCAGCGGCUUACAGUCGCCCAGCGCAGGCUACAUCGGCGGCGCGGGCUGCGGCGCCGGCGCGGCCGCCGCGGACAAGGAAGGCGGGAACUGCGCGGGAGCAGACGACGCGUCCAGCGGGUACGGCAGCCCGCCCGACCCCGACGUCUGCGACGCCGCGCGAUGACCGACGAUGCCGCGCCGACUUCUCGCCUCGGUGAAACCCCACUAGUGUCGGCGGGACGCAUUGGCCGUCGGAGCUUCGUCCCUGAGGCGGACGUUUUAGACUCUGCAAGCACUCGACAAUUCUCGAAAACACCGCAAAUAGAUUUAACGUGACAAACCAGAUUCUUCUUUUUCAUUGUAAAGUAACCAUCACCAAAACGAAUGCAUUAUUUUAUUUUGUUUGAGUUGUAAUCUUAAAGUUGUUUAAAUUCCGAAUCGCAAAGCAAAGGCGCCGACGUGUGGAUUUACUUCGCGACACCAGCGAGCAUAUUUUAUUAAUGCACGGGUACAUUAGUCUAGAAGGCAACUAUGGAAAUGUGGCGUUGUCAGAACACGAUAUUUCCAUUAUGUAUACGAUUUGAGCACUUGUUUACAUGUUAAGAUAGCAGAGCGCCGCGCUCUGCGUGGGUAGCAUUCUCAACCGAACCGGAUUACACUCAGAAGCAAUAACAAGGGCACAUUUUACGUCUCAAAAAUAUAUAAUCAUUGCCUGGCUAUGUGAAUUUGAGAUAUACACAAAUAAAGUCGCAAAACUGAAAAAUUUGACACCUAUUAUUGCUUGUGACAGUAACUGAUUCAUACUUAUCAACUUUUUUGGUACAGAGCGCUGAUGCAAAUCUGAUGUAUCGUACAAUAGUUAUAAAAUAUAAAACAAUCAAUUUUAACAGACACUGUCGCAUAAUGUUAAAAUAAUGUUAAACCACGAUAGUUAUAACAAUCGCAUGCAACGAUUCAGGUCCAGACACUUCUAAGAUGUAUUAAAAUAAUUGUUGAUCGAUCUCAUUGUUAUGGAAAUGUUUGUACUUUAGUAAACGUAAAUAUUGUUAUCAUACAAGGUAUGAACUUCUAAUUUGAUUAUUUUUUAUAUUUCCCUGAUUUGGUUAAGUAGGUGUACUGAUGUUAUUUUACCAAAGACAAGUUUCUGUUCAUAGAAUUUAAAUAUCUCCAGAACGAUUACGAGCUGUUUUUAAAUCGAAUAAUAGUGAUAUAAAUUAUACUCUGAAGUGGUGCAAUGGUUAGUUAAGUACUUUCUGUAUAAAUAUUAGAAAACUAACUGUUUAAGGCUUUCAUCCUUUGUGUUAUCUCCUGCCAUGGCUUCAGUGACUGUUCUUCGCGUGUCAAAUGUUCCAAGUUCCAACAUCAUUCCAUAAAUUGCUUUUGUGUUACGCAAAUUUUAAAAGAAAUAUUUAAAAGUCUAAAGAUUUCUAAAAUUGAAGUAUCGUAAUAAAAAUUACGACGACAGAAUAUAUUGUAUGUAUGUAAAUAUUAAACUGUCAUUAGUUAGCAAAUAUUGGCUAGAAUAAAUGUUUCGAUCUUUCGUCGACAUCGACAGAAUACGGUAAACGUCCUAGUGUAUGACAGACCGUUUGUCAUUGUCUAUUGCUUGGAAUUAAGAUUGAAAGUGGUAAAUAUUGGGACAGUAUCCAGCACUGGGACAUUUAUUUACGCUAAGUGCUUCAUUUCACAGUUACUAUGUAAAUAAAUAUAUUUAUUUAAUGAUUCAACAAAA